AUGGCUGUCGCAAAGGACGAUGCCCUGACCAAAGUGUCAACAGACGCUGCCACCGAGCUUGUCAACUCCUUCUACCCGGCCCUCGAAAAGAACCGCGAUGCCAUCGGGUCCUUCUACAUGACCACGCCGACCUCAAUCCUGUUCAACGGCAACCCGGUCGCGGACGGUGCCGCCGUCCAGGAGAUUUUUGUCAACCAGAUGCCAGCCGCCCACUACGAAGCCCAAUCCUUCGACUGUCAGAUCAUCAACCGCGCAUACCCCACCGCCACGGCCGCUGGCGUCAAGCCCCCCGCCGAAAUGACCGUCAAGGACAUGUCCAUCCUUGUCAUUGUAAGCGGAUACGUGCGAUAUGGUGAAGGUCGUGAUCAGCCCCAGCGCGGCUUCAGCGAGACCUUUGUGCUAGUGCCCAACCCCUCUACGGAGCGUGGGCACCGCCGCAAGGGCUGGCUCAUCCAGAGCCAGAACUUCCGUCUGGUAGUCUGA